ACAGCAGGAGUGAGUUCCUGCCUGCUUUCACCCACACGCCUUUUAGAGAAUCUGGGCUGCUCAUCACACCCAGGAGCAAGAGGGAUUUUGGAACGAGAAUAACUGAGAAAAGGUUCCCCUGGAGUUAGCAGCAGCUGAAAGCAGGCCAGACCUUGGAAAAACUGCAUGCAAAAUCACCAGAACUUCUUCUGGGUUUGGAUUUCUUUAUUUUCCUUUUUUCAACAGAAUUUAUAUGACUGACUAUGUACCUGUUUCAUAAAAUGGAAAACAAUGAAGUUUGCCAGGGAAAACAAGGGAGCUACAUAAACAUUUGGCUAAUUUUAUGCCUGUUUCCAAGAACCUGUAUAUCAGAUCCUUCAAAACCUAACUUUUUACUGAUACUGGCUGAUGAUCUUGGUAUAGGAGAUGUGGGUUGCUAUGGCAAUGAUACAAUAAAUGGGACUUUUCUCUUUAGGACCCCUAACAUUGAUGGCCUGGCAAAGGAUGGAGUGAGACUUACUCAGCACAUUGCUGCAGCAGCUGUCUGCACUCCAAGCAGAGCCGCUUUCCUGACUGGCAGAUACCCUAUCAGAUCAGGCAUGGCAUCCAGCACCCAACAGCAGGUUCUCUUCUGGAAUGGUGGUUCAGGGGGGCUCCCACCAAAUGAAACUACUUUUGCCAGAAUACUCCACCAGCAAGGUUAUUCUACAGCACUUAUAGGGAAGUGGCAUAUGGGUGUGAACUGCAAAACCCGCCAUGAUCACUGCCACCAUCCUUUAAAUCAUGGUUUUGAUUAUUUUUAUGGCAUGCCUUUUACCCUUCUCAGUGAGUGUCAAGGCACAGAUGACCCUGAAUUGGCCAAGUCAUUGCAAGAUGCAUAUUGGUUUUACACUCAGAUGAUCAUCUUUGCAGUAUUUACCCUUGUGAUUGGAAAACUUGCCAAUUUAUUCCCAGUAAAAUGGAAAAUAAUAAUCUGUCUGGCCAUCUGUGGUCUCCUUCAUUUCAUCUCCUGGUUCUCCAGCUAUGGUUUCACCAAGUACUGGAACUGUAUCCUGAUGAGAAACCAUGACAUCACUGAACAACCAAUGAACCUACAAAAAACUACUUCUAAUGUGCUGAAGGAGGCAAUUACAUUCAUUGAAAGAAACAAGCAUAGACCAUUUCUUCUCUUUGUUUCCCUUUUACAUGUUCACACCCCUCUCAUUACCACAGAGAAGUUUCAGGGAAGAAGCAGGCAUGGCCUGUAUGGAGAUAAUGUAGAGGAGAUGGACUGGAUGGUAGGCAGGCUUCUGGAUGUUAUUGACAAAGAGGGCUUGAAGAAUACCACAUUCAUUUAUUUUGCAUCUGAUCAUGGAGGAUUCUUAGAGGCUCACAGAGGAAAUUCUCAGUUGGGUGGAUGGAAUGGGAUAUAUAAAGGUGGAAAAGGAAUGGGAGGCUGGGAAGGAGGAAUCCGUGUUCCAGGUAUAGUUAGAUGGCCAGGAGUGUUUCCUGCAGGCACAGUUAUUGAUGAACCUACAAGCCUUAUGGACCUUUAUCCUACAGUAGUUCAACUGGCUGGAGGAGCAGUGCCUCAAGACAGGGUUGUGGAUGGGCACACAUUGCUGCCCCUGCUGCAGGGGACAGAGCAGCACUCCAGGCAUGAGUUCCUGUUCCACUACUGCGGCGUGUUCCUGCAUGCAGUGCGCUGGCACCAGAAGGACAGUGGCACCGUAUGGAAAGCUCAUUAUGCCACUCCAGUAUUUGAGCCAGAAGCCUCUGGGGCCUGUUUCAGAAGAGGAAUUUGUCCGUGUUUCGGGGAUGGUGUAACCCAUCAUGACCCUCCGCUGCUGUUCAAUCUCUCCCAGGAUCCGUCUGAGGCAAAUCCUGUAUCAGCUGACACUGAGCCCUUGUUUGACACCGUAGUGAGGAGAAUAAGAAGAGCUGUGGAAGAGCAUCGCAAGACUCUGACUCCAGUCCCACAGCAGCUGUCUCCUUACAAUAAUAUAUGGAAGCCUUGGCUGCAGCCAUGCUGUGGGACGUUCCCGUUCUGUUGGUGUCAUGAAGAAAAUAACAUAGCAUAG